AUGCCUGAAAAAGACACAUCUGUUAAUGUUCUUAAAGAACCAUGCCUUGCAGUGAGGAAAUUCUUGGCUAGGCCUCAACGUGAGGGUGUGGGAGCUGUUGUUCGAAGGAGCAUAGGAAGGUUUGAGCUGAAAUACUUUGAUCCUUUCCUUGUCUUGGAUGAGUUCUCUGUUACUGCCCCGGCCGGAUUUCCUGAUCAUCCUCAUAGAGGUUUCGAGACAGUUACCUACAUGUUGCAGGGAGCUUUCAAGCAUGAAGAUUUUGAAGGGCAUAAGGGGACAAUAGGAGCCGGCGACUUGCAGUGGAUGACGGCAGGACGAGGGAUUGUUCAUUCAGAGAUGCCUGCAGCACAGGGAACCCAAAAGGGUCUGCAGUUGUGGAUCAACCUCUCUUCGAAACAUAAAAUGAUUGAGCCUAGGUAUCAAGAAAUAUCUAGUAAGGACAUAGCAGAAGCUGCAAAAGAUGGGGUCAAGGUUAGGGUCAUAGCAGGUGAAGCCUUGGGGACAAAAUCACCAAUCUUCACAAGGACCCCUACCAUGUACUUGGAUUUCACUCUCAAACCAGGAGCUAACCUCCGACAAUUGAUACCGACAUCAUGGAAUGCGUUCGUAUAUGUAUUAGAAGGUGAAGGUAUAUUCGGGAAUGCGAAAUCUUUGCCAACAUCAGCUCACCACCUUCUUCUUCUGGGCAAGGGAGAUAGCUUGGAGGCAUGCAAUAAGUCGUCAAAACCCCUCAGGUUCAUUUUGGUUGGAGGUGAACCACUAGGUGAACCUCUAGUGCAAUUUGGGCCAUUUGUGAUGAACACUCAAGAAGAGAUUGAUCAAACAAUUGAUGAUUUUGAGAAUUGUGUUAAUGGGUUUGAGAAAGCAAGGCAUUGGAGAUCUGAAGCUGCUGUCAGUCUUGAUUUUUAG